CGGCGUCGCGUUUUUUCAAACGGCUGCUGCGAGGGGAAAGCGAGAGCGGCGGUUUGGCCAGACGGAGGGCGGAGGGGAGCGCCGCCGCCGCCGUUUCGGUGCUGAGGCAGGGUGAAGAUUUGUAACCGGUGCUGGCGUUAUUCCCUACAUUCACUAUGUCCAGGAGGAAACCAGAAAACAGAGGCCCUCCGGGCUUGUUGCCUGCAUCUCUUCAUACGCAGAUAAAGAUGGAUAACUUCCACCAUUUCUAUGAAGUUGAGCCCAAAGAGCUGGGACGAGGAAAAUUUGCUGUGGUUAGAAAAUGUGUUGCAAAAUCCACUGGGCAGGCAUUUGCGGCAAAGUUUCUGAAGAAGAGGAGAAGAGGUCAAGACUGCAGAGCAGAAAUUCUACAUGAGAUUGCUGUGCUGGAACUAACGAGGCCAAGCGCUCGUGUCGUCAAUCUCCAUGAAGCCUAUGAAACGACAAAUGAAAUCAUUUUGGUGCUGGAAUAUGCCGCCGGAGGAGAAAUUUUUAACUUGUGCCUUCCUGACCUAGAAGAAACCAUAGAGGAAGCAGAUGUAUGUCGUAGGUUUAUACCGCAGAUUCCCUCAAGGUGUUUCUGCUAAGCACCUGCACUCCAGAACAACAUUAAAAACCUUGACUUAAAGCCUCAGAAUAUUUUGUUAAGCAGUAUACGCCCACUUGGCGAUAUAAAAAUAGUUGAUUUUGGUAUUUCUCGGAAGAUCGGCAAUUGCACUGAACUCUGUGAAAUUGUUGGAACCCCUGAAUAUCAAGCACCGGAAAUCUUAAGUUACGAACCUAUUACUACGGCGACUGAUUUAUGGAAUGUCGGUGUAAUCGCGUACAUGCUGCUUACGCACGAAUCUCCUUUUGCGGGAGCAGAUAUUCAAGAAACGUACCUCAAUAUUUCUCAAGUGAAUGUCGAUUAUUCAGACGAUACUUUUGCAUCAGUCUCGCCGUUGGCCAAAGACUUCAUUCAAAAGCUACUUGUUAAAAAUCCUGAGGAGCGACUCUCGGUAGAGUCCUGUCUAUCACACUCCUGGCUACAGCAAGGAAAUGUCUUGCUCUACAGCCCCGAAGAACCCCCCAGUUCUCCAACCCAGGAUCAUAUGAAUAAGUGCAUAGAGGAGAGAAGUAAUAACAGGCUGCUCUGCAACGCAUCGUGCAGCGGGCGGAAAGAUAAAGAGAACAUCCCAGAAGACAGCAGUACGGUCUCCAAACGAUUUCGCUUUGACGAUUCUUUGCAAUAUCCCCAAGAAUUCCCGACAGACUUUGUGUGUUAACCGACGUGCUCCUGCAGGUCAUUGGACUGAAUUCAGGGUUGUGAUCUCAUCUGGUCGCACAAGGCCGUGGAUCGCCAUGCCUCGUGUUUCCACUAGACUGGGAAAGCACUUUCAGUGGCUCAGUCGUUCCGGCCUUUCUUGGAGCUGCCCUUGCUGGCCGUGGGUUUGGCUCCUGGAAACCGGGGUCUGGGCACCUGAAGGGCCUUGACCAUGGAGUCAAACAGGUAACAGUAUGUUUGCACUUCUUACCUUUUGGUCCCCAAAGUGGCUUUUGGUGUGUUUAUAAAUAAAGUUGGCAAUCUGAGCAAAGUAUUAUUUCGAAUGUUAACAAACAAAACCUGGUUAAGCACAUCGUAACCAUGUUUUAAGCCAAAGAGUGUCCUAACAAUGCAUAGACAUAUUAUGUUGUAUCUAAAGUUUAAAAGCUGGCCAAGGGAAAGCCUGCUGUCCUCUGUUGAAAAGUUCAGGUCUGUGGUGUACAGGGCCUGCCACCCACAGCAGAAUUAUACCCUUCAGAGCCCGUUGAUUUUAAUGGACUGAGAAGGGUGUCGCUCAGCUUCGAAUGACACUGCUAUAUUCCUGCCAUGUUUUGAUGAAAAGUACUUUGAACCUAUAUGUUUGCUCACUGGUGCUCGAGUUCCUUGGGUGGGCUUCUUCAGCUACAGCCAAGCCCUACACAUAUUUUGUCAACAGGGACCCCCCUGACUCAAGGAGACUGACUCCCAAAUAAGUGUCCUUAGCCGUACUGCCUUAAGCCAGUUUCAUGAGAAAGGUUUGAAAUAGUUCUUGCAUCUAAAUGUCAACGAAAUGCUUCUUGUGUGCAUUUGGCUGAAGAAUCUUCCACUUUCCGUCCUGCACUUAUUAACAUUCCCAGUCCCCACCCCCCACCCCCCCAGUCGUUCUUAGUUGUACAGAUUGGUUACAUCCUUUGAGGUUUAAAUUUGAAGACCCUCCUUUUCAACCAGCCCAGCUUUUAAAUGUCAUGAGAGAUCUCCAACAAAAGUAAGCAACGUUGCAGUAGGGAGAUGUCUUCUCUCCAGAUAGUUGAUCCUAAAACUACCCAUCGUUCAUUUUCCUGGUUUCUCUGCAGACCCACACCGAUCUGUGCGUGCCCUGGCCACCAGCAGGGAUGAAGGCUUUAAGGAUUUCUUGCACUUUCCAAGCACUCCAAUCCCCCAUCUUGAGCUGGUGUUUUACCACCCAAACCGGCACAUGCCUAAGUUGGUUCUACUGUACAAGGGAUUGAAUGGGAGGAACCCAAAGCUUGUAGUGGUGGUUCCUCUAUUACAGUGGUGGUGAACCUUUGGCACUCCAGAUGUUAUGGACUACAAUUCCCAUCAGCCCCUACAAUUGGCCAUGCUGGCGGGCUGAUGGGAAUUGUAGUUCAUAACAUCUGGAGUGCCAAAGGUUCGCCACCAUGGCUCUAUUAUGUCUUUGUCUUUGAAACAGAGAACUGUCAAUCUGCCUUGCUAAUGGAGAAGGCAGGCAACACGUUGGUACGUCUUCAGCCGCUGUCCUCUUGUAACUGACACUUGACGCCUGGGAGAAUCCCUAGAUCUGUGUGGGAUUUGACCUUGUUUUUGGCAGCAGCUCUGACUGAUAGGAGCAUAUAUCCGGGUAUCAGAUCUGACAGAGAAUCAAGAACCCUGAAACCUCUAACUGGGUACAGGCCCCUUUUCCUGGGUGCGCUGAGGAUAAUUGGGCUGUCUCAGGAGCCCGUGACACAUUGUCUGCCUUUAAUUGAGAAACCCUUUCAUGUUGGGCUUUGGGCAUAAAUUGGUGACAUGAAUUACAGACCUUGCUAUUGCUACGCAUCAGGCAUGGUUUGUGUUCAUCCGACUGAGCCCACAUUCAGACCACUUUUUUGAACCCAGUCAUAAAUAUAUUUUUGGUCAACUGAGAAGGAAAAGAAUUUCCCUGAGGAGAAUCGAAAUAUGGAGAGGACUAAGAUGAGUUCUGCCUCCCCAGUGGCAAAACAAGGACUGCGGGAGUCGCCCUCCCCUCCUCGGUAGUCACAUGCCGGUUUGGGUGGGAAAAUGUCAGCUCUCAAUCAGGGAGGGGAGGGUUUUGUGUGCUUUGGAAGGCGCCAGCAAUCCUUCGCAUCUUCGUUUCUGCAGCUGGCCUGCGCAUGUGCAAAUCCAUGCAUACUGGCACAGGAGAUCACUUGGUGAAUGUUACAAGUAAGUGGAACCCUGUUUUCCCCUUUGGCGAGUGAACCUAUUUACCUUAUGCAAGACACAUGGUAGCACCGUUGUGUGUCUGUGUGGCUGCCUGUUCUAUUCAAAAACAAUGAUUUUUAGGAGCAAAAAUAAGUGAUGGCUGUUGUUCUAAAUCCUGGAACAUAGUAAAAAGGCCAGUACUGAAAUGGGAUGCAUCAACUCUUGGCCCAGUUUCAUGAACCAUUAUAGCUCCAGGGGCAUAACCAUAUUAGUUGGUUGCGGCAAAAAUAAGCAACAGGCUGGUUAGCACCUGGUUUAUUCCAGCUCAAGGUUUCAUGGGCUAGAGCCGCUUCAUUAGAUGCAUACAGUGGGUUCUCAUGGCGUAGAACUUGUGAUCUUAAAAAAAGUUAGCAGCAGGGUGCAGGGGUGUGGCAUGUAACUGUAUAAACUGGAAAAGUAAUCAAGAAAAGUACAGAGCCCAUUCAUGAAAGCAACUGUUGGCCCUUCCUCCAGUUUGCUUAAGCCAGUUAACACCUGUAAUCGUUGAGGAAUCUCGGGUGUUACUAAGAUAUUGAUUUUUUUGCUUGUUUCUUCGGUACCAGAGGGAAAUAAAAAUUGUGCCAAAUCUCUUGCUGAACUCUUAAUUCAGCAGUUUUAUCCUGGAGCCUCCCUUCUGUAGAAUAUUUCUCAAGAAUUGUCACUUGAAGUCAAUAUCAAGAGAUUUGAUGUUCUUUUUGCCCCAAGUACUGACCAAGGCUUGGGUGUCUGUAAUCAUUGCAAGUGUUAACUUCCUUAGUACAAGCUGAGUCACGCAGCUUUUAUGACUGUUCUCUGUGCUUUCCUUGAUUAUGUUUGCGUUGUUUAUGUUGAUUGUAUUUCAUGGCCCUUUGAACAUAUUUAUGGCUUUUUUCAUUAGCUUCGUGUACGUAUGAUUUCCUAGUGAAGAAUUCCAGGCAUCUGAGAAAGGGUCUGUGAAAUCUUGUGCUGGAAUAAAAUGUUGUUAGUCUUUAAGGUGUCACAAGAAUCUUGUUCAUUGUUGUAGAAACCGUGAUGUUGUCUCAGAGUGAAGAAAGGGGUGGGAUGCAAACAAGUUCACAUUCAGAAAUUCAUGGUUGGAAGUCAGCAUGGAUGGUCAUCUUUUCUUCUGUCAGAUAAAAUAAGGGAGAUGGGCAUCCAUAAACGAUAAAAUUAUUCAGUUUUGAAAAGGGGUUAAUUUUAUACCAGCACUUUAUUAAACAGAAUACGGUCAAACAUACUGGUUUCUGUCAAGGUGUUUUUUUAAAAAAAUGUUUACAUUUCUUAUUCCUUGCUACUCUAGUCUUAAAACUUUGAUAAAUUUUGAAUGAUCUAAACUUUGCCUUUGGUCAAUACAGCUUUUCAGAAUGUCUGUACAAUUGUAUAUGCAUCUCAAAUUCACCUGUAGCCUGGCUGCACCGGUUGCAAAAAUAAAAGCAAAAAUUAAAACAAAGAGAAACAAAAACCAAGUAAAAUAAAACAAACACAC